AUGGCGAAAGAGAUGAAACGAAAGCUCAGCACGGACGAAGCCGACGGCGAAGAAGCUGCGCCCAGCAACCCUGGUGUCGCCGGUACUAUGUCGCAUCUACAAAUCGACAACCGAAGUAACGAAAGUUCGAAUGGCAGCCAUGCGUCGAAGAAGCGCAAGAGAGUCGAUGGGGAGAAGGUGAAAUACCCAGACCUCACUUACGCGGAGGGGAAACUUCAGGCACCUAUCCGAAUCGCCGAUCUCCAGGGGUUACUCCUCUAUUGCUUCGCAGAUGGUAUCGCACCACAAUGGAUCUCCAUGAAGCAUUCUGGUCAUGUACGGAAGGUUGUUGUACUCAUGGCACCUGGCCUCGAGAUGGGAAUGUUUGACGGGACAAUACGUGUGAAUGGAGCGCCAACGGCGGAAGAGCAAGCAGCACAGGAACAGGAGCCCAACUCAGCGGAACCCACGGAGAAUACUCAACAAGACGAACGCACUGUCGACUACGAGCAUUGGAAGCAAGGUCUCCCAUUGCCAGACCGCUCUACGCGUUUCAACCCUAGGUCUCUCCAUCGCGAUAAUCUGCCGUCGCCCCUCCAGCCAUUGGCCGACAUAUUUCCUCAUAUCUGGCCUGUCAAGGCGCCAGGCGACAACAAAUACAACAAGGUCCACUCACCUCUACAGGCUAUCCUCAUGUCCUCGGCGCCUAAAUCGAAAGAUGACCAGUCUCGUGCGAAAGGUGCAAAACCUGCAAGAGUCGAGAAAGGCUUCGUUCCCAAACGUACGCCAAUCACAGCCUUCAUUACCUCACGCCAGGACCUCCUUGAUAACGACUUCAUCUUGCAUCCCGCAUUCUUCACUUCCGACGAGGAAAAACAAUCCCAGGCAGAGGCUCGUCAACGAAAUGGACAAUCGGUGGAAGAUGGAUGGGUUGAGACCCAUGUUCCAAACCUGGAGUCCGCCCAACCUCCAGAAUCUGACAUUGAAAGUGGCAGUGUCACUGUUGGUCGGGAGGUAUUCGCCCUUGACUGUGAGAUGUGUAUCACAGAGGGAGGUCAAUCUGAACUCACACGUAUCAGCAUGGUCGGCUGGGACGGCGAGGUAGUCCUCGAUGAGCUGGUCAAACCACCACGUCCCGUGAUCAAUUAUUUAACCCGUUAUUCCGGCAUCACCCCGGAGAUGCUAGAACCAGUCACAACGACCCUCGCCGAUAUUCAGCAACGGCUUUUGACUCUUCUCACUCCGCGUGCAGUUCUUGUUGGUCACUCUCUGAAUUCCGAUCUUACCGCCCUCAAACUGGUCCAUCCAUUCAUUGUCGACACCAGUAUCAUCUACCCGCACCCGCGUGGCCCACCUCUCAAGUCUAGCCUAAAAUGGCUCAUGCAAAAAUACCAAAACAAGCAGAUUCAGGGCGGAAUGGCUGGUCAUGACUCCGUUGAGGAUGCCCGAGCUGUUCUUGAACUGGUGAAGUUGAAGUGCGAAAAAGGCGAAUUAUGGGGCACCAGUGACGUCUCCAACGAAAGUAUAUUCCGCCGUCUAUCCCGCUCUACUCGACCUAAUCAUGCCGUUCGGCCUGGAGAACAACGGACUGGAGCAGUAGUCGACUGGGGCAAUCCAGAGCGUGGGUUUGGAGCCCAGGCAACCGUCUCGAUUGGCUGUCGGGAUGACGAUGCUGUCGUCAGCGGAAUCUCCGCCGUAAUCAACGGCGACGAGUCGAACCCCUCCAUCCCAGCAGGCGGCGUUGAUUUUGCCUGGGGUCGCAUCCGUGAUCUUGAAUAUCUUCGCGGUUGGUGCAGCCGUCUCCCUGAUCCAAACAAUGCCAAUGAAUCCACAUCUAUCGUCCCCCCGCCGGAAGAAAUCACACCCACUACUUCGACUGGCAAUGGCGAAUCGACAGAUCUUCCACAACCCGAUGUCUUGGCUGAAACCAUUUCGCGGACCGUCUCCAACAUCUCUCGCAUCUAUGAUUCUCUCCCUCCGUGCACGCUUUACAUAGUCUAUUCCGGGACUGGUGAUCCACGUGAAGUGAGUCGCUUACAGGACAUAAACAAGAAACACCGCGAAGAAUUCCGCUCUGGCAAGCCAUGGGAUCAAUUGACAUACAAGUGGACCGACGUUGAGGAGCAGGCUCUGAAGAAGGCAUGUGAACGUGCUCGUGAAGGUUGCGGUUUCAUGUGUAUCAAAUGA